CUCAGGCACUAGGGGGUAUCCCACGUGCGCUUGAGGACUUGGGGUCCCUCGAAGGAGCCCCCCGGGAAUCGUCCCCAGCACUCAGCAUCCCCACCAGUGGGCAUCUCUCCUGGGCUCGAGGCCCUGCGGCCCCCAGGAACAGCCCCUUCCCUGCCCCAGGAUCGGGCCCAGAUGGGGGCUCCGCUGGGUGGGGCACGCUGGACCCCAGGCCGCCCACCCUGGUGGGGCCCGUCACCGACCCGGAGCCGAGAUGGCCCCUGGCUCUUUCCUUGUGCCCACUUCUUCCCGGUCCAUUCUCCCCUGGAUCUUUCCCCCAGAGGCCCGGACAGAUCUCCUUCGGAAAAGAGCCCGGAGCCACGCAACCCCCGCACCGGGGCCAUGUGUGGCUCGAGAAGACCCGGGCCCUGUGGACCUGUUCCGGGAGCUGGUGGAGGAAGGAAAGGGAGCCGGCGGAGGGAACAGGGAGUAUGAGGAAGAAAAGAGGCAGGAGCAGGAACGACGAGAGAAGGCGCUGGGGGUCCUGACGUACCUGGGCCAGAGCGCAGCCGAGGCCCAGACGCAGCCCCCCUGGUACCAGCUGCCCCCAGAGCCCAGGGGCACUCAGUGCAGCCCUGCCCCAGAUGAGAAGGUCAAGAGCCACCUGGAUCCCCUGCGAGACCUGGAGAGGCAGCUGGGCAAGAAGAGGAAGAAGCAGGAAGGCAGCGGCCACUCCAAAGCGCCCGAGAAGCUGCAACCCCAGGGCCCCCGGAAGAGCUCCUUGGAGCAGCUGCGUGCAGAGCGACUCAAGAGGGAGGCAGCAGAGCAGGCCCGGACCCAGGCCCUGAUGGCCGCCCUUCGGGGAGAGCAGCCCCAAGAGGAGGAAGAGCCUGACGACCGCAAGAGACGCUACAACUCCCAAUUUCACCCGCAGCUCGCCCGGCCACCUCGGCGCUAGGAGCCUCGCGGACCGCAGCGAGGCAGGACAGGACUGCAGACAUCAUAUAAAACUAUUUAUUCAUAAAUAUCUUCAAAAAUGAAAA